CAUCGCCGCCGCCCCCACGCAUGCCCACACCCCGGUUCCUCUACGAGGGCCCAGGUGAUCGCCAGCCUCGUGCUGUUCUCGAUGGUGGGCGUGCUGAUACGCGUGCACCUCAACCGGCUCUUCAGCUACGACGGCGCGCCAGCAUUCGCCCUCAUCUGGUCGCAAAUGGUCGGGGCGUCCUUGGUCAGCCACUCGCCGGCCCUGAAUCUCGGUAUCAUCCACGGGUCUCUGGGCGUCUACGAUAUGUUUUUCAACAGCCAGCGGUACAACCACACGCGGUUCAAAAACUUCCUUGGCGGUAUGACCGAGAUCACGGUGACAUUGGGCGGGUCUGUCGGUGCGUUUCGGCUUGGCCAAAUGGUCGGGCGCGAGAUCCGCCUGUGCUAUGAUGCCCCAGCGAGGCCAUUGCCAACCGGCCUGCCGAUUGGACGGGAUGGAUACAGGAAAUUUCCCAUAUUUGCCGUGCUGGGCACAAUCGCUUGGCAUACGCGCUCUGUCAGUGUUGCGCUGUUGUUUGGCCCCAUCGGCACGCUCCUCCGCUGGCAGCUGUCUAAAUUCAACGCGAAGCCGCCACGCUUCGUGCCGCGCGUGCCCGCAAUCUGCCCAGUCGGCACGCUUCCUUGCCAAUGUACCGGCGCGGUGGUGGGUCCGUCGGUGCCUGCAUGCUAUGUCUUGGCCGCCAUGGCUGAUGGGUUCUGCGGGUGUCUGACAACCAUCUCCACCUUUACUGUCGAGGUCACUAGCCUGUCGUCGCGGAGAUCCAUGGCGUAUGCUGCCAUCUCCAUUGUGGCCGCCCAAGCGUUCUUCCUCUUGAUCAACGGCAUCUACUUCAAAACUGCCACAGUCGACUAUGAUACCUGUUAAGAUGUGAAUCUUGCACAUAGUGGCACCAGUGCCAGCCCUCUAAUUGCCUCUGGACCUCUUGCUCACUUUCUAUACACACGCUUCCCUUUUUUCGAAUGGCGCUUGCGCUUAUUGCAGUAGUUAUACAACUAAUACCACAAAC